ACUCAGUGGACGGCUCUGAGAGCGGAGAAGGCAGCAGCAAGCUCUCUCACUCUUUUCUCUCUGGUUAUUUGUGCAAUUCAUCCCUCACUGUGCUGCGACUGGCGACCUGCACACACAGGCUGAUCCAGGACUAGCUGGGGGGGGGGGGAGCGGCGACAUCAGCAGCAGCAGCAGCAGCAGCACCUGCUUAAUCCUCCACAACCACCACCCUCCCUCUCUGCCCGGCCCAGGACCUCAUCUUUGCUGCCGCCGCCUCCACCACCACUGCCAUCAUGUGCGACUGUUUCCACCUGGCCUUCCCCAACUGGCACGCCGCCUCAGGGACGGGAGCUGGUCGGAGGCUGAGAGCACCAGAGCCUGGUACAGAGGACGACUCAAUAUGUGACGAGCCAUCUCAGUUCACAGAGGGAGAGAGGCCGCGCCCUCAAGGAUCAUCCCCCGUCGAGGAGUAUCCUGAAACCGAAAAAUACACAGACAGUGACAAAGAGUGUGAAGCGGAGCAUGACCCACACUACAAAAGUGGGAGUGGAAAGAAAACUAAAAAGUCUGGGCUUGGGUCCAUGUUUGAAAAGCGCUCAACUCCAAAGAUGAGUAAACUAAAGGAAGUUCAUAGCCCUGAGUCUGGGUUGAUAGUGAAAACAGCCAAAGAUGGAUGUUCAGAAGGUCUCGUUUAUGGUGGAGGUGGGAAAGAGGGGAUCUUCAUUAAGGAGGUGGUACCAGAGUCACCUGCCUCAAAAAGUCUGAAACUGAAGGAAGGUGAUCAGAUUCUGAGUGCCACGGUGUAUUUUGACAAUGUGUCAUAUGAGGAUGCCAUUCAAAUUCUGGAGCACGCUCAGGCUUACAAAGUGAAGCUCUGCUUGAAACGCAAACCGGACAUUAUAGAGACUGAACCAGCCAUCGAAUCUGAUGUCAUCCCUGAGGAUGAUCUCUACGCUCCAGAGAUGAGGGAGCAAGGAAAAACUAAAAGGCGUGGUGAUGCCCGCAUUUCAUGGCCUAAGUUUCCCUCCUUUGGAAAAGGACGGAAGUCCCGCUUCGCAAGGUCUCACAGUUCCUCAGAGGCUGAUGAGCAGAGAAAGCUUGAGCUUAGUCCCACCACAAGUGACACAGAGUCACCUAUAAAAUCACAGGAUGCUCUCAAAGGCAAGAAGCAAAAAAUAAAACAAUCUGUUUUUAAAAGGAGAGGCCGCAUAAGUUCAUCUGAAGACCAGGACACAGAUGUAAGUGGGCAGAUCAGUGGCAAUAUUCUCCAGACACACGAAGCAUCAGACAUGCUAUCACCGGAGUGCCUUCAAAGUCCUUCGGGAGAAACACCUGAAGUCUAUGUGACAGAGGAUCCAAAAAUAGUGGACGAUUUAAUGCUUGAGCAAAAUGAUCAAAAACUGACUGAAACUGUUCAACAUAAGGCGGAACUCAUCACUAUAGGUAGCACUUUGAAAACAGAAGAUCUAACUGUGGCUCUGGCAGAUGAAAAAAGCCCCUCUGGUCUCAAGUCCCCUGACGGGAAGAAAAAGAAGAAAGAACGAUCUGAAUUCAAAAUGAAAAUUUUGGGGAAGGAUAAAUUGCACAAGAAAGAUGCAAAAGCAAAAUCCUCACCAAAAAGGCUGAAAACGCUGGGGGCAAGUAUGGAAAUUGCAGAUCAACCUGAAAAUGAAAAAUCAGAUGUACAGGGAGGUCAACUAGCACUCGAUGCCAAUACGCAAAUAAUCAGCAGUGAAAGUUCAAGGGUAAUCUCAGCCAAAUCAGUGAUGGAAAUGAGCAUACCAAAGGUGGAACUUGAUAUAUCUGAUGUUGCAUUAAUAGAAAAAUCUCCACAGAAAGGUGAAGAAAAAACAAAGAAAGGCAAGGAUAUUAAACAAAAACAAGAAACAAAGACAAGUCCAGCAUUCAAACUGCCUAAAAUAGGUUUUAGUGACAUUGCCACUGAGGAACUAUUCAAAAAAUUAAUUUAA